UUCUUCUAAUUCGAUCAUUCCAGCUUUCUAUCCGAGACUCACAACUCAAAAACGAAGAACACAGAAAAAAGGGGGAAAAAAGAGUGAUAGAAUUAUAGAAAAUGUUAGGGCUUGAAUAUGAAGGAUCGGAUUUUGCUCUUCUUGAGUCGAUUCGGAGGCAUCUGUUAGAAGAAUCGGACUUAUCGGCGAGUUCUUCAAUGAAUAUUCCGGCGAGGAGCUCCGUUGGUGGUGGUGCUAUGGGGUAUUGCAGGAGCUCGAGUUUCGGUAGUCUCUUUCCUUGUUUGACAGAGAAUUGGGGAGAUCUACCAUUAAAGGUCGAUGAUUCAGAGGAUAUGGUAGUCUAUGAUUUCCUUCGCGAUGCCGUUAAUGUCGGAUGGAUUCCGUCACUUUCGGAUGAGCCAUCUAAUAGCAGCUGCAGCAGCGGGUUUAGUGAUUUAACGGCGAUUACUGUUAAAUCAGAACCUCAGGAGACAACAACGACGAUGAUGACGACUCCAACGGUUGGGGCUUUGUUUCAGGAGCAACCGACGGAUUCGGCUUCAUCGGCCAUGACAACUGUUUCGAGUAUCUCGAUUCCGCAACCGGAGAAGUCGAUUUCAGCGGCAGCUCCAGUUGCGGCACCAUCGAAGGGGAAACAUUACAGAGGUGUACGGCGACGUCCUUGGGGGAAAUUCGCCGCGGAGAUCAGAGAUCCGGCGAAGAACGGCGCCAGAGUCUGGCUUGGCACGUUCGAGACGGCCGAAGACGCGGCACUGGCUUAUGACCGAGCUGCUUACAGGAUGCGCGGUUCACGCGCCCUUCUCAAUUUCCCUCUCCGGAUCGGUUCACCCGAUUCCGAUCCGGUUCCUGUUACUUCAAAGCGCGCUUCUCCGGAACCUUCGUCUCCGUCCUCAUCAUCUUCCGUGUCGGACAAUAGUUCGGCGAAGAGGAGGAAGAGAGGUGUCGUUGCUUCAGCUCCGGUGGAAACUCAAGGCGGUUUGGAAACAGGGAAACGACCGGAGGUGUUCCAGGUUGGGCAUCAGGUGGGCCCACUUAGAUGUGGGGAGCAGCUAUUGGUCAGUUAGAGAGAGAAGGAAAAAAAAGAAAUAGAAGUUGGGGAUUAGCCCUAACUAUAAAAUACUGUACUUCUUAAGAGAAAAAACAGAGAUCUUUUGAAGAGGAUCGGAUUUCUUUCCACAAUUUUGGGAUCUAAAUAGAGGGAAAAAACACUGAUUGGGGAGAGAGAAAAGGCCUGGCUUUAGUGUGUUUGUUUGAGAGAGAGAAUGGAGGGUUGUGCAUUGUCCAUUUUUGUGAAUAUGAGAUAAGAUUUUGUACCAAAAAAAAAAAAAAAAGAGAAUAUGAGAUAAGAUUUGUGAUUGGUUAAA